AUGUUAAAGCCGAUUAAAGCGGGUGUAGCAUUAAGACACAAGACAAUUAAUGCACUUUUCGCAAUGGGUAUACCAAAUGGCCAAGAGCAUCCCAGACUAAAUGAAGCCAUAGUGCCAACUUCUGGCUCAGAGUUGAACAUGGACAUGUUUGAUCUUCAUGAUAUAUCCCUGCACGAACCAAAAGUCAUGUCAUUGAGUCUGGACCCCUUGCGCAAAUCUGCCCUGGGUAUAAAGAGGCCAGCCAAGGCUGUCCACAAUUGGUUCAUAACUGGUUUUCUGGAGGAGGAGAGAGACCUGUGA